AUGUCAUUCGAAGAACUGUACGAAAGCUGCUUUCGUAAUAUAUCAUUAGUGAAAUGUUCAUCGGAUUCAGCAAAAGAUCAACCGGGACAGAUUUCAACACUCGAAACAGCAAUGAGCUCGAGUCAGUAUGUUGUUUUCCUUCUUGCUUCGUCAAGUCGGGGAACCGAUGUUGCUGCUCGUCUUAACAGUUUGGCUAAAAAACGCAACGAACGUGACAGAGAGAAACCUCAAAACUCUCCUGCUCGCAUCCGAAGAUUGUUCAGUCUGAAAAAGAAGAAGAAGAAGGAAAUUAUUGUGGAUGAAACAAAUUUCAUGUCAAUUGUGUAUCUCGACACUGACCAGAGAAAUGAUGAUGCUCCUCUCAAGGUCGCCUAUCCUGGUUGGUAUAUUUAUGUACCACAGUCUCCAGCUAGUAAAAGCCGAUUGCUCAGAGCUCUGGGUUUUGAAUUCCCCCCUUCUAUUAUAGUAGUGGAUUGUAAUACUCAUGCUGUCAUCACAACAGAAGGUAGACGUCUUCUUGUUGAUGAUCCAAAUGGAGCUAACUUCCCAUGGUGGCCUCCUGCAGUUUCCGAUUUAAUGAAAGGACAGGUCGUGAGAAGCGUUAAUGGAAAAGUUGAGACCUCUGAUUAUUCUGAAAUUAAAACUGCCAUACGAGGAUUCUUCUUUGGUGCUUAUUGGUUCCCCACUUGUCGACAAUGGGUUAAACAGCUGAAACCUGUAUAUGAUGCUCUUAAAGAAGCCAAUAUUUCUAUUGAAAUCAUAUUCUGCUCAUCUGACCGAUCGCUCGAUUUCUUCAAUCAAUUUCUUAAUCAAAUGCCUUGGUAUGCGUUCAGUUAUGAUACUGCUAAAACUAUGGGGCUUACACGCUUUUUCAAUGUAAACGGAAUUCCGUCAUUGAUUCUUGUUGACUCUAACAAUCAAAUAAUCUCAAGACAUGGAAGGUCCACUCUUCUCGCUGACAGCCUAGGAAAACAAUUUCCAUGGGGACCUUGUCCUUUGUAUGAGCUGGAUGAGUUCUCUGUGUGUCGCCUACGUGAUGAACCAUCUAUGGUUCUUUUCACAGAGGGUUCUCCAGAAGAUAUUGGAUUUUCUUUGUCUGUGUUGGACGGCAUCUCCAAGAAACUUUUCGAUGAAAGACAGAAGAUUGAAGAACAGAGACGGGAAGACCGCGAGAAGAAGUUAGAAGAUAGGGAAAAUUCUGAGAAUGGAAACUCAAUCAGUAAAUCUUCCAGUAGUGAGGAAUGCGCGUCAACAACUUCUGAAGUCCCGAUACCUCCUCAAGCUGAUCCUCUACAGAUAUUUUACACAGGAGAGGAUCCUAUUUGUGAUCAUAUAUUGGAGAAAAUCCUAGGAUUAGGUGAUUCCGAAUUGCCUCUUAUUUGUAUUAUUGAUAGCUUAGCCGGCCAAAUGUCCAUUUGUGAUAAACCAGAUGUUUCGGAUGAGGUUAUUGAAGAGUUCGUGAAUGACUAUAAAAGUGGUAAAUUAGAGUGGAUUUCUCUUCCAACUCCAAAAGAUGGGAGCAAAACAGGAACUGGAAUACCAGCUUCAAUGAUUGAAGAUGCUCUCGCCAACUCCCCAUCUCAAAACUCUCUGAACAACGAAAACGAGCCUAGAGCCGUUUAA